CUUGGCUGUUAUUACUAUCGUUGUUAUUUUAUUGUUAUUUUUUUUUUAAACCUAAGGGAGAAAGACACACACACGCACACAAAACUGGGAUUUAUUUAACAUGAUCUUGGCAAACGCCUUCUGCCUCUUCUUCUUUUUAGACGAAACCCUCCGGUCUUUGGCCAGCCCUUCCUCCCUGCAGGGCUCUGAGCUCCACGGCUGGCGCCCCCAAGUGGACUGUGUCCGGGCCAAUGAGCUGUGUGCGGCUGAAUCCAACUGCAGCUCCAGGUACCGCACCCUUCGGCAGUGCCUGGCAGGCCGGGAUCGCAAUACCAUGCUGGCCAAUAAGGAGUGUCAGGCGGCCUUGGAGGUCUUGCAGGAAAGCCCGCUGUAUGACUGCCGCUGCAAGCGGGGCAUGAAGAAGGAGCUACAGUGUCUUCAGAUCUACUGGAGCAUCCAUCUGGGGUUGACCGAGGGUGAGGAGUUCUACGAAGCUUCUCCUUAUGAGCCCGUGACCUCGCGUCUCUCGGACAUCUUCAGGCUUGCUUCAAUCUUCUCAGGGACAGGGGCAGACCCGGCGGUCAGUGCCAAGAGCAACCACUGUCUGGAUGCCGCCAAGGCCUGCAACCUGAAUGACAACUGCAAGAAGCUUCGCUCCUCCUACAUCUCCAUCUGCAACCGUGAGAUCUCUCCCACCGAACGCUGCAACCGCCGCAAGUGCCACAAGGCCCUGCGCCAGUUCUUUGACCGUGUGCCCAGCGAGUACACCUACCGCAUGCUCUUCUGCUCCUGUCAGGACCAGGCGUGUGCUGAGCGUCGCCGGCAAACCAUCCUGCCCAGCUGUUCCUACGAGGACAAGGAGAAGCCCAACUGCCUGGACCUGCGCACCCUGUGUCGUAUAGACCACUUGUGCCGGUCCCGCCUGGCAGACUUCCACGCCAACUGUCGAGCCUCCUACCGGACAGUCACCAGUUGCCCUGCGGACAACUACCAGGCGUGUCUUGGCUCCUAUGCUGGCAUGAUUGGGUUUGAUAUGACACCCAACUACGUGGACUCCAGCCCCACCGGCAUCGUGGUGUCUCCCUGGUGCAAUUGUCGUGGUAGUGGUAACAUGGAAGAAGAGUGUGAGAAGUUCCUCAGGGACUUCACAGAAAACCCAUGCCUCCGAAAUGCCAUCCAGGCCUUUGGCAAUGGUACAGAUGCGAACAUGUCUCCCAAAGGCCCCGCAUUCCCAGGCACCCAGGCCCCUCGGGUGGAGAAAACCCCUUCAUUGCCAGAUGACCUCAGUGAUAGCACCAGCCUGGGGACCAGUGUCAUUACCACAUGCACAUCUAUCCAGGAACAAGGACAGAAGGCCAACAACUCCAAAGAGUUAAGCAUGUGUUUCACAGAGCUCACGACAAAUAUCAGCCCAGGGAGUAAAAAGGUGAUCAAACUUAACUCAGGCUCCAGCAGGUCCAGACUGUCGGCUGCCUUGACUGCCCUCCCACUCCUGAUGCUGACCUUGGCCUUGUAGGCUUUUGGAAGCCAGCACAAAAGUUCUUCAAGCAACCCAGAUGUGAACUCCCACCUGACAAAAUGGAAACACACAAACACAGACACAUGCAGACUUACACAGACACACAUACAUAAACACACACACACUCCUCUUGCAAAACAGUUUUUUUUUUCUUUCCCUACAUUGUCUCUGAACCUUUCUCCUCCCAAGUUUCUUCUCUGGAGAAGUUUUUAUAAACCAAACAGACAAGCAGGUGGGCAGCCAGAAGCCUGCCCAGAGGUUCCCUGCAAGGGACACCCAGCACCAAGGAGGGCUCAAGGAUCUGGAGCGACUCUUUUCUCUUUGCUGGUGUUUUCUCUCUGGACCAGAUGAGAUUCUGCCGUGGAAGGGACUUUGCUGUGUCUGGUGUGGACUGGGGAAAGGACAGUUGCAGCUGCCUACUCUGGGGACCUGCCCAGGCCUCACAGAGAGUCUCAGUCAGCAAGGAAGAGGGCUGGCCACAAGGACCUUGUCACCUCUUCCUCUUGGCUUCCAAGACGGAGGUGGUUUGCUGCCACCCCCAGACCUUAUGUGGCCUAGUGGGUCUGAGUCUGGAGUGAGAACCCCCAUGGCUGCUCCAGGCCAAGGUGCCUACCACAUAGCUGGGGUUGGGAGCUAUUGCAGGAGGAAGCUCCUUUGGGGAAGGAGCAAGCCUUGGUAAAGGGCACCAGCUCCAAGGUGCACCUUCCUUCUUCAUGCCAGGAAUCUUGAAGUCAAAGAGAAAUGAUCCUCUGUUGGCUUUUUUUGUGGGUUUUUUUUUGUGUGUGUGUGGGUCCAUUUGGUGGGUCUCCCUUGGGAGAAGGGCUGUUGAGUGGGGCUGGGGAGACCCUAGCUGGACGUGUGUCCCUAACACUCUGCUGGGCUCCCAAGACUGCCCUUUCUCUCUUCUCCUGUUUCUACUUUCUCUUUCCUUAUUUCUGAGACAUCCAUCCACUGUCUAUACAUACUAGGCCUCCUUUCUCAACAUACGUGUAUAUCCAUAUAUCCUGUGAUUUUUCUCUUUCUUUCAUUUUUUUAAGAAACAAAACUAUGGAAAUAAUACCCUACAGAUGAGCGAAAAUGUAUUAUUGUAAAAUUUAUUUUUUUUAAUAAUGUUGUCUAUGAUGGGAAGAAAGGAACCAGGCCCCCUGAGCUCUGGUCCAGUUGGGCUGAUGGGGCUGUGGCCGGGGACUCCCGAUUGCAUUCACUUUUAACUGAGCUCCAAUAAAUGUACUAGGAAGCGAGUUGCCUUGUGCCUCACUCCUAUGUGAUUCCACCUAUGCCUUGUUCUU